AAUCAGGAACUUGGAUUGAGAAAGAAAGAAAAACUUCAUUAUCAGUGGUGGCGUGCAUUCUCCACUGGUCACACACAUAGGAGGGGAGGGGGGGGGCACCAAGACCAAACGUCUCCAUUGCCCACUGUGUUGCUCUCAAAGUUAUCGAGAGUCAAUUUAAAGGGCAUUUGAGGCGAAAAGGACCUGGCAUCCAGAUCUGUGGAUGGUGCCAGCUAGCAGGAUGGAUGGGUAUACCAUUAUCACGACACAUCCAGAAGAGCUGGCUCCCUAUGAGCCAGAGGUCUACCGAGCACCUCCUGAAUAUUACCAGUAUCUCAGUGACAGUGAAAGCCAUGCUUCCCUCCUAGAACAUUACUGGGAAUAUACCCCACACCUACAUGGAGAUCUUGAUGGGUUCCCCGAUUCUCAGCUUACAGAACUGCAAAGUGUACAGCCCCCACAGCUGCAACAGCUGUACAGACACAUGGAGCUAGAGCAAAUGCAUGUCCUAGAUUCUGGAAUGACCGCGUCGCAUCCGCACCUACCACUCACCCACCAGGUUUCAUAUCUCCCUCGCGUCUGUGUGUCAUACCCAUCUCCUGCACCACUCAGCUCUGAGGAAGGUGACCACGAAAGGCGCAGCCCCCCUUUGGAGGUGUCAGAUGGAGAGACGGAUCUACGAGACCCUGAUUAUGGGAUGCUUCUUGCAGAAUCAGGAAGUAAGAAGAAGAUUCGACUUUACCAAUUCCUUCUAGAGCUACUGCAUAGUGGAGACAUGAAAGAGAGCAUUUGGUGGGUAGAUAAAGACAAAGGAACCUUCCAGUUCUCCUCCAAACACAAAGAAGCCCUUGCUCACCGCUGGGGCAUUCAAAAAGGCAACCGCAAGAAGAUGACCUAUCAGAAGAUGGCCAGGGCGUUGCGUAACUACGGCAAGACUGGAGAAGUGAAGAAGGUCAAGAAGAAGUUGACAUAUCAGUUCAGUGGAGAGGUUCUGCACAAAAUGUACAAUGGGAGGAAGCACUUCCAUCAUUGAGAUUCAUACAUCUACCCUUUGGUACGAAAGACUCCAAAACUCUCUUAGGAGAAGAUAACAUUCCAUUGUAAAUAUUAAUAUUAUAGUAAUUAUUUUUUUUAUAUGGCUGGCUUGUGAUUUAGCGACAAGCAACAUGCUACUAUACCAUAGAAUGAGGAGUGAGAGAACGGGUCCAAAUUUGACCAUAAUAACAAAAAGUAUUGUCAUAUCCAAAUUUUCAACGGAGAAACCCAGAAAGGGUUAAUAAAAUGUAUCAAAUUGCUUAAAAGAGA